AGCAGGUGGAGCCGCAGCGGGAGCCCGCCGGGCCGAGCUUGGGGAGGCGGCGGCUGGGCCGGGGCCAUGGAGCUGAACCGGAGCGCGCAGGGGUCCGGACCCGGGCCGGGGGCUUCCCUUUGCCGGCCCGCGGGGGCCCUCCUCAACAGCAGCGGUGCGGGCAACCUCAGCUGCGAGCCCCCUCGCAUCCGCGGAGCCGGGACACGAGAAUUGGAGCUGGCCAUUAGGAUCACCCUUUACGCAGUGAUCUUUCUGAUGAGCGUUGGAGGAAAUGUGCUCAUCAUCGUGGUCCUGGGACUGAGCCGCCGCCUGAGGACUGUCACCAACGCCUUCCUGCUCUCACUGGCUGUGAGCGACCUCCUGCUGGCUGUGGCUUGCAUGCCCUUCACCCUCCUGCCCAAUCUCAUGGGCACAUUCAUCUUUGGCACAGUCGUCUGCAAGGCGGUUUCCUACCUCAUGGGGGUAUCUGUAAGUGUGUCCACACUAAGCCUCGUGGCCAUCGCCCUGGAGCGAUACAGUGCCAUCUGCCGACCACUGCAGGCACGUGUGUGGCAGACACGGUCCCACGCAGCUCGUGUGAUCAUAGCCACGUGGAUGCUCUCUGGACUGCUCAUGGUGCCCUAUCCCGUGUACACCGCCGUACAGCCAGUAGGGUCCCGAGUGCUGCAAUGUGUACAUCGCUGGCCCAGUGCGCGUGUUCGCCAAACCUGGUCGGUACUGCUGCUCCUGCUCUUGUUCUUCGUCCCGGGUGUGGUUAUGGCUGUGGCCUACGGGCUCAUCUCUCGCGAGCUCUACUUAGGACUUCGCUUUGACGAAGACAAUGACAAUGAGAACCAGAGCCGAGUCCGAAGCCAAGGAGGGCGGCGGAGCGAGGCAGGACCAGGUCCUGCCCAACCCAAUGGGCGUUGCCGGCAGGAGACCGGGCUGGCUGGCGAGGACGGUGAUGGCUGUUACGUGCAGCUUCCGCGCUCCCGUCAGACCCUGGAGCUGUCCGCGCUGACUGCGCCCACACCUGGGCCAGGAUGUGGCACCCGGCCCUACCAGGCCAAGCUGUUGGCUAAGAAGCGUGUGGUGCGGAUGCUACUGGUGAUCGUUGUGCUUUUUUUCCUGUGUUGGUUGCCACUGUACAGUGCCAACACGUGGCGUGCCUUCGAUAGCUCUGGUGCGCACCGCGCACUUUCAGGAGCGCCCAUCUCUUUCAUCCACUUGUUGAGCUACGCCUCUGCCUGUGUCAACCCCCUGGUCUACUGCUUCAUGCACCGUCGCUUUCGCCAGGCCUGCCUUGAGACAUGUGCCCGCUGCUGCCCCAGGCCUCCACGAGCGCGCCCCAGGCCUCUUCCAGAUGAGGACCCGCCCACCCCCUCCAUCGCUUCACUGUCCAGGCUGAGCUACACCACCAUCAGCACGCUGGGGCCUGGCUGAGGGGUAAAGGAGGAGUGGGGGCUGCGGCGGGACACACCAAUUCCUACAAGCAGGGACCCAUCCAGACACAUGAGAGACAUAGACCCACUGACACAGGAGACUGACACCCAAAAUGCAUGGACUAAUCCCAAUGCACACACACACAAAAAGUGGCUUACCUGACACAAAAGAAACAAAUCAGAUCCCCACACAGGAAAUAAGGCACACUCUUGAUAUGGGACCGAGCCUGAAACAGGGCACUGUCCUUGGACAGACUCAGACACUAGCAGUGGACUGUCAGUACAUAGUGGAAACUCUAAGAGAGGCUGUCCUGCCUCUCAUAUACACACAGUAAUGGCACUGAUUCUUUAGGGAACUGGCACAGUACUGACUCUACUCCUAAGAUGCUCCAGGCUGCCCCCCAGUUUUGCCUUACAGUGCCCUUCUCCUUUUCAGCACUGAAAAAUACCACCCAACCUACCAACCAACCAACACCUCCCUGGCCAGCAGGCUGCCUUUUGCACUGAAAAGUCCCUUCAUUCCUUUCCAGUUAGAUUCUAUGGCCCUGCCCCUCCUCCAUCACCCAAACUCUUCAAGAAGUAAUAAAUGACUUGGCUUCCUCCUGCA